UGUCAACUCUUUGUUUCUUGAAAAUUCUAGUGUUUUCUUAACUAUACAAGAAAAAUUACAAUUUUUUGGGUAAUUUUAUUAAAAAUAAUCACGCCCGUACGCAGAAAUGCCGGCCAGAAUUCCUGCAUUUUUUUAAUUUUUUGGUAUUGAUUAAAUUUUAUUUUUUUCUAACAUUUCAUUGUUGGAGAGAGAAAAUAAUUAAUUUAUAAUCUGUGUUGAAUGCUGGGAUUCUGGUGUGGGUUUUGAUUUUCUUGGUUUGAUCUUUGGAUAUUUUGUCUUGAUUUCUCAACAUUUAAUAUCAUUUAUCUCAUUACCAUUUCUUGAAUUCAAAUCAAAUUUUGUUUCUUGGUGGCUGGAUAAUAAUUCUUGGGAGGAAAUAUAUCUGUUUGAAAGGGAAAAUUAUGAUCUUCCAAAGGUGUUUGUGAUAAUGCCCCAAUGAUUUAGGAAAUGGUAAAUUUGGGUUCCCAGCAUAAAUGUGGGGAGACCCAUUUGGUGGUUGAUAAAGGGAUUGUAAUUUAUUGAAGGAAAUUCUUGUUUAGCAACAAGGAUAUUUGUGGUUUAAUAUUAUUAUGGGCUGCUUCUGCUCGAAAAGAGCUGCAGAUGAAGAUGUGAUUAUUGAAGAAAAUGAGAGAAAGAAAGAGAAUGAAUUUGAUAAAUCAUUGGUACAAUUGGUUGCUCCAGUUCACUCGAAAAAAGGGGAUGAUUUUAUUGUAGAUUUUGGUCGGAAAGAUGCGUCUGCACGUAAGGUUUCGAAGCCAAAUGCAGGCGCUGCUGCUAUUGUUCCAUUGGAUGGUGGUGAAAAGAAUGCACAAAAUGCUGACAGUUCUUCAAAAGGUCGUCAUCAUAAGAGACGGGCAACUACGGAUUUGGCAUCUACUGGAAGCCAUCAUCAGCAUGGGUUUAUGCUUACUGCCCUGCCUCUUGCUGCUGAAAAUGAGCUUAUUAUUGCUGGAUGGCCACAAUGGUUAACCUCAGCUGCUGGUGAAGCCAUCAAGGGUUUGGUGCCCUUACGAGGUGACUUAUAUCAGAAGCUAGACAAGAUUGGACAAGGAACUUACAGCAGCGUAUAUAAGGCUCGAAACACGGAAACCGGAAAAAUUUAUGCAAUGAAGAAGGUGCGGUUUUUGAAUAUGGAUCCUGAAAGCGUCCGUUUCAUGGCUAGGGAAAUCCAUAUUUUGCGAAAACUUGACCAUCCAAAUGUUAUGAAGCUUGAAGGUAUUGUCACUUCCAGGGUGUCAGGUAGCUUGUAUCUAGUGUUUGAGUACAUGGAGCAUGACCUUGCUGGGCUUGCAGCUACACCUGGAAUCAAGUUCACUGAAUCACAGAUUAAGUGUUACAUGAAACAACUUCUUAAUGGACUUGAACAUUGCCAUAGUAGGGGUGUUCUGCACCGAGACAUCAAGGGCUCAAACCUUCUAAUAGAUGAUGAAGGAGUUCUCAAGAUUGGAGAUUUUGGUCUAGCGACACUUUAUCAGCCUGAUGAACAGCAAGCAUUAACUAGCCGUGUUGUAACCCUCUGGUAUAGGGCACCCGAGCUCUUACUUGGUGCUACAGAGUAUGGAGUUGCUAUAGAUAUGUGGAGUGUCGGUUGUAUUCUUGCUGAACUAUUUGCUGGAAAACCUAUUAUGCCCGGAAGAACAGAGGUGGAGCAAAUGCACAAGAUUUUUAAGCUUUGUGGUUCACCAUCUGAAGACUAUUGGCAGAAAACAAAACUGCCCCAUGCAACUAGUUUCAAACCUCAACAUUCUUAUAAGCGUUGUGUUGCAGAGACAUUCAAAAACAUCCCUGCUUCAGCUUUAUCUCUUGUCGAUAAGCUCCUGUCCAUGGAACCAGAAGCUCGAGGAAAAGCAGCUUCAGCUUUGAGAAGUCAGUUCUUCACUACAGAGCCUUUUGCUUGUGAUCCAUCAAGUCUACCGAAAUAUCCUCCAUGUAAGGAACUCGAUGCAAAGGUUCGAGAAGAAGAAAAAAGAAGGAAAAGAGAAGAGGCAGGAAAAGUACGUUUAGCUGAAACAGUAAGAAGGGGUUCAAGAGAUCUUAAGGCAGAGUCACCAGAAUUCAUUGCCACCGGACAAACAAAAACUACAAGUACAAGUUAUAAAUAUGACCUUCAGGAGGAUGCUGGUUCUGGUUUCCGAAUUGAGCCUCCAAUAGGAGCUAAAUAUAAUGGUUUCUCUCAGUCUAAUUCCAUGAUUCACCCUAGCGCAGCAGGAUUAUCCGUAAAUAAGAAUUCAGGUCCUUCAAGAAAUAGUAACGUGGAAUCAAGGACACAAAAACCUCACAAGCCUCAUACUAUCGUAGACGUCGCUAACACAACCGUUAAGAAGGAGGAUAGAUUCCAUGCUAAAGAUAACAUGGGAUACGCUCGCAGGAAAAACAGGAUUAACUACUCAGGACCAUUGAUGCCUCCUGGAGGGAACAUUGAGGAAAUACUCAAAGAACAUGAGAGACAAAUACAACAUGCUGUCCGUAAAGCACGACUCGAGAAGUCAGGCACCAAAACUAAUCUUGUUGGUUAGAGUAAUUCUUCAAAUAUAUUCAGACUCUGGCACAUUGCGAAGAAUGAUAAUCGUGGCGUCAUUUCCUCACCUGGAGAAAGAACCGAUUGCAGACCAGCAGAACGGAUUGAAACAUAACAAGCAUUGCUGGAAAUGACUACGAAGAGAGCAGAUUGUAGUUGAACAAAGAUUGUCAGACAUUCUUUUGCAGUGAAAUUUUCAAACAGAAAAGGAAGCAAAUAAAGAGAUUAUUUUUGGCAUUAUUUAGAUAUUUACUACACCUGCAGACUGGUGAGGGAUUUGGUUUGUAUAGUGAAUAGGGUUUCUUGGGUAGUGGCUACUGCAUAUCAAACAUUGUAAAGCUUCCUAAUAUGAAGAAUGAGCAUACAUUCUAUGGAUUAGGAAUUUUUUAGAGAUUUCAUGAUAUGGUUAAAUUAGAUUUGUUACCAUGCUAUCAUUUUUCUCAUUUAAACCAAGGUUGUUGGAGCGACGUCUUA